CAAAUGGUUGAAAGACCUUCAAUGUAACUAAACCCAAACAAAUUUAACGCAUUCACACCUUAUUCCAAGUAUUUGGAGAAGAAGAUGGAAGACAUUGCUCAGGUAGCAGGUGUGAACGCUGUAGGAGUGAUAAAUUUAAUCAUCGCGGCAUCCAAAAAUGCAACUACCCAUAAGAGGAACUGCGAGCAGUUAGCGGAGCACGUGAGACUGAUCGGUAACCUAUUAGAGAAGCUAAAAUCGACGGACCUGAUGAAGAUGUCGGCGACAGCAGAGCCGCUUGAAGGAUUAGAGGAGACUCUUGGAAAAGCUUUGGAGUUGGUGGACAGUUGCAGAGAAAAGAGCUACUUUUACAUGCUUGCCAUGGGGUGGAACGUAGUUUACCAGUUUCGACGGGUUCAGAGUGAGAUUGAUCGAUACCUGAAGCUGGUUCCCUUGAUUUCCAUUGUCCAUGAGUUUCGAAUGCAGAAUGUGCACGAAAGCUUGGAAGUUGUAGAAGGUGAUCAUCGUGAAUACACUCUAGAUGAAGAGGAUGUUGAGGCCCAAAGAGCAGUACUGAAACCUGAUCGAUCAAAGAAAGAUGCAAAUGUAUUAGAGAAGUCACUAUCUAGAAGGUAUCCUGAUUUGAGAUUCCAUGAGGCUCUCGAGGAGGAGAAGGAGAAAUUACAUCUUGAACUGCACCUCUCACAAGCAAACAAUGAUCCCAAGCAGUGCAGAAUCAUUGAACAUCUUAUUGACGUGACACAAAAUGUAGUUAAUGUCCCAGCUGAAAAGUUUCUUGCCCUCAACUCGCAACCUUACAUAGGAACUGGGUGGGUAUCAGCUGCAAAAGUUGGCCAGGUGCAGAUGGUAAAAGCCUCGCAGGCUGAACAUCAAGAAAAAUUGAAGUGGCAAACUGACCUUUUUGACUGUUGCAAUAAACCCUGUUUAUGUUUCAAAGCAUGCAUCUAUCCAUGUGACAUAUUUUCAAGAAUUGCUAGUUUGGUUUCGCAUGGGAAAAUAACUCGUAAACAUGCACUAAAUGAUCUGUUGACAUACUCCUUAUUCUGUGGUUGUUGCUGUUAUACUUGUUGUGUAAGAAGAAGCCUGAGACGACUUUUCAAUAUUGAGGGAGGUUCAUGUGAUGAUUUCUUAACUUAUCUUAUCUGUUGCUGUUGCGCUAUGAUCCAAGAGUGGCGUGAACUCGAACUGAGGGAUUUUGAAGGUUGUCAAGGGAGGAAGAUGAUUCCACCUCCAUACCAGCAUAUGAAGCCUUGAACUCGUCAACUGAUGUGAAAAUCUUUCUACAGACGUAAAUAUUAUUAGUAUUAGAUAGAGCUUUAGGAAUAGUAUACAUAGUGUUUCUGUAGAUAUAUAUAAGCUGCAACCUUCGCUAUUAUGUACUAGAUUAAGUAGACAUGAGACCAUCGAAGUUCUAAGGAUCUAAUAGAAAUCUAUG